AUGAAGUGCAACAAGCUGCAAAACAUUACCGGUGUGAGAGUGGACCGAGAUGAUGACAAGUCCCAAACUGGAACCAUUACCGAGGAGUGUCAGGCACAACACAGCCCACCAUCAUCAGUUCCUUCUGAGGAAGGCUCUGAGGCUUCUGAACAAGACGACGACCCAGACCCAGAGCAACCUGAGCCUGAAGAUGUGUCCAGCACUGCCUUUGCACCUUCAAAAGGGCCCAGUGAUAUUUCAACAUCGAGAGAAGAGGUACCAGUUCAGCCACAUUUGAGUAAAUACCCCAAGACUCUCCAUGGCACCAGCAAGAGGGCCUUCAAUAGCAAGUGGUACACGAACAAUUCAUGGCUUGAGUAUUCAGUGUCAAAAAACUCUUGCUACUGCUUUGCUUGCAGGCAUUUUUCGUUGCCCAAUGCGCCUGACUCUGCCUUCACAUCUGAUGUAGGCUUUUCAAAUUGGAAAAAGGUACUGUCAAAAGAGGCAGGAUUUAAACUCCAUUCUAGAUCUGAGCUUCAUAUUAACGCAAUGUAUGCAUGGUCUGAGUUCAAAAAGAGGAAAGAAGUAGAUCAGACUUUGUUAAAUGCGCUAAAUGAAAAGCACAAAAAAAAGGUGCAAGAAAACAGGCAGUACAUCAAAACAAUUGCAGAAGUACUCCUUUUGACUGCCACCCAAAACAUACCCCAAAGGGGUCAUGAAGAGUCUCAAGAAUCAAAAACAAGGGUGAAGAAAAUCCAAACCUCGACCCAACUGAUGAAGGUAAGCUCCCGACGACUCCUUUAUCCGCGAAGGCGAGUAAAAUCCACACCUCAACCCACCGCCGGUGCAGCAGGUCGCUCCGGAUCCACCGUCUCCCUGGCAACUCUCCGUUCCAGCUCACUCCACCGUCUCCAUGGCAACCCUCCGUUUCAGCUCACCGAACGCGUCACUCUCAGUCCGUCAGCCGUCCUUACUCUGUCCUCCAACCACUCAGUAGUUGCACGGGUGAGCAAACUUUUCUCACACCACUGCUCACUCAAAGUUCCAGCGGCACUCUGCCAAGUCUCCUCCCCGACGUCCUUUCCGCACGCGCUAUAA